AGAAGGCUCGAUCGAUUUGUGUUGCUAGCGCCCCCAAUGAGAACCUUCCACGAAUGAAGUCCUCCUGGGUAUUUCCUGGCUAGAUGCAUUGUUCUCAGCGCUGAAAAGCGUAGGUCAGAAUAGCCAGUUCUUGCAUUGAUCAGGCAGUUCGUUAGAUCAAUUUUUUAGAAAUGGCAAGCAGCUAUCGUCUUCUCUUGUCUCUGGUCGUCCUGUUAGUGUGCUUCCACGGCUCGCUAAGUGAAGGCGAAGCAGAGACAGCAGCCGAGCCAGAAAUAAUUAGUGAUGUGCUCGUUUUGACGGACGAGAAUUUUGACGAGGCCAUCAAGGACAAUGAGAAUAUACUGGUAGAGUUCUAUGCCCCAUGGUGCGGGCACUGCAAGGCGCUGGAACCGGAGUAUGAAGCCGCUGCGAAGAAGCUGCGAGAAGAGGGGAGUGCCAUUCGCCUGGCCAAGUUGGACGGAACUGCGCACAAGAAGGCGGUGGAGCGAUUCAGUUUGAAAGGAUAUCCGACGAUCAAAUUCUUCAGCAGUGGCGAAGAAACGGAGUAUUCAGGUGGCCGUACAUCCAAGUCUAUCAUUGCCUGGCUAAGCAAGAGAACGGGACCACCUGCCGUUGCUCUGCCUGACGUGGAUGCUGCCAAGACGUUUGUCGGCGAUCGCAGUGUGGCCAUCAUUGGCUUCUUCCCCGACGAGACGACGGAGCAGGCGCGGGGAUUCCUGAAGUCUGCGCAAGAUGCUCCUGACGAUUUGCGCUACGGCUUGACAGGUACGAGCGACGUAGCCAAGGAGUACGGGAUUGAGUCUGAGUUUGGUAUUGUGGCGGUGCGUACGUUUGAUGAGCCACAGGUGCAAUAUGAUCAAGACAACUAUACGGCAGAGGCUAUCUCAGCGUUUGCACGCCUAAGCUCCAUGCCCUAUGUCAUCGAAUUCUCGCAAGAUAACGCUGCCAAGAUCUUCAGCGGCGUCACCAAGCGUCAGUUCCUCUACUUUGGUUCCAAGCAGUCAGAGGACUACGAGUCUCAUGUGGCAGUGCUACUGGAACAGGCUAAGAAACACAAAGGAGAGAUGUUGUUUGUCACGUUCAAUACGGAUGAGGAGGAGAAUGUCAAGAUCCUCGACGUGUUUGGCUUGUCCAACACCUCAGUUCCUGCCGUGCGUAUCAUUGAGCUGGCAGCGCGUGACAUGAAGAAGUAUCAGCCAGAGACUGGCGAGAUCACCGCUGAUGUCAUCGCUCCGUUCAUUGAAGGCGUCAAUGACGGUUCAAUCAAGCAAUCGUUGAAAUCCGAGGAGAUCCCGGAGGAUUGGGACGCCAAGCCUGUCAAGCAAAUCGUCGGCAAGAACUUCAACGACGUUAUCAUCAAUAACGAGAAGCAUGCGCUCAUCCAAUUUUAUGCACCAUGGUGUGGACACUGUAAGAAACUGAUGCCGGUGUGGGACGAAGUUGGAGAGUAUUUUGAUGGUCGUGAUGACCAUGUCGUUGGUAAGAUGGAUGCCACCGCAAACGAAGUGGAGGGUUUGAAAAUCGAGAGCUUCCCAACCAUCUACUAUUUCCUUCCCAAUGGCAAAUCUAGGCCUAUCAAAUACACCGGAAAGCGUGAGCUGGAGGCGCUACUUGUGUUUGCCGAGGGUGGUGGACGUGACGGUGGAAGACCCGAUCACCCGUUCCCAGUACCAGCCAAGCCAAAGCCAGAGCCAGCCGACUUUGAGGCCGAAGAUGAAGAGGAUCUUCCUCUUGAGGAGACGGAGGAAGAGAAGGAAAUCCUGGCUGAAGCAGAGCAGGCGGCAGCGGAGGCCGAGGAAAUGCCAGCAAAAGAGGAGCUGUAGACAGCUGUGGAUAUUGUGAUGCUCCAGUACUAGUAGAUAUGGAGUCUAUACGUUUGCACGCACACACGCACGCCAGCGCCCGUGUGUGCGUGUGCAUGUACUUGUCGAGCUGUGUGUCGGCUUAGCGCAGCAUAGCUCUGCCUUGGCGUGCACAGCGCGGAUAAGCUUCUCCCUCAGCUUCAGCAGUGCUUGCUGCAAUCAUUGCAAUGUAGCUGCUGCUGCUGCUGUGUGUGUGGUGUCUUCGCUUUACCUCUCGUAUCACACUGGGCCAGGCAGCAGCUGUGGAUCGACCGCCACUUGUAGCUGCGCCGGGCUGUUUGGUGGCCGGGCUGUUUGGUGGCUGCUGCUGACACAGACACGAUGAUCAAAUCCAUGCCUAUAGAUAAUAAUAAUAAUUAUUAUUACGUGUUUUAGUGUUUCUUGGUUGCUCUGGGUACCGAGAUCUGACUUAUCAAGAUGUCUUUCAUUGUAGAGAUUGAAUUUUAUUCCUAGUGCAAUUGACAAUGUUAGCUUUUGCGCUGCCGUAGACCAAUAUUAAUGAUUUUUGCUGCGACUUGAA